AUGAGCGCGGAUCAGAUUGCAGCGCAGAUUCAGAGCACGAAGGCUCUUCCUGUAUCUCCUUCGUGGCUCACUGCGGUCCUGGCGUCGUCUGGACAGACGCAGCGAAAUAUCCCUACCUCGGCACUCACCAAGACAGCUUUGUUCCGCGUACUCGCGUCCGAUUUCAGGGGGUCUCUGUUGACCAAUUCGUCUUCACGAUUGCCUGUUGAUAUCUACGACCCGACUGUUCAAGAAAGACGUCUCUCAGGCCCAAUUCCCGUUCAAAUUCUCGACAUUGAAGACAUCGGCACGAGUCUCUGGAGCCAGGUCGAGGCAAUCGAACGCGUCGAGCGCGGAGAAGCUAUUCGAGGUCGCGAAAUUGUGCGCACAGUAGCUGUCGGCGAAGACCAGGAAGCACAGGAGAAUAGCAGUGCCAACAAUAAUGGCAACUCUGCAGCUCCGAACGCCUCGGGGAGUAGUGGGUAUGGACCGCAUCGAUUGAUACUUCAAGAUGCGGCAGGUACCAAGGCAGUGGCGAUCGAAAUGCAGCGCAUUGAAGGAAUUUCUCUGGAAAAGCUUUCCAUAGGUGCUAAAUUAGUGCUUCGCAAUGCUACGGUUGCAAGGGGAAUGAUUCUAUUGAACCCUGCGAGUGUUGAUUUCCUUGGUGGGAAGAUUGAGGCGCUUGAUAAACCGUGGAAGGAGGGUCGGAAGGCACGAUUGCUGGAAAGAAUUACCGCGAUGCAAAAUGAAUGA